AUACGCUCGGUGACGUGCUGCGCUUGCGGAACAGGGUGUCAGCGUCUUUUCUGCGGCUGAAGCAGCUAGAUUUAAAACCAAAAUUAUAGGUUAACAGCCAUACAUUUGUCCUUGUAUGCAAUAAUAACCUCUUGAAUGUAUUGGGGAUGUCUGCGACUGACUGGUACGCGCAUAAGUCGCUGGAAAAUGGGGUGUUUUGGAUCCAGGAGCGUUUUUAUGAAUCGGGGAACAGGGCGAAUAUCUGGCUCAUACGCGGGUCCCAUCAGGACGUCGUCAUAGAUACCGGACUGGGUUUACGGAGUCUACCUGAAUACAUCCAUAGCAAAGGGCUGCUAGGGGACGAUUCGAAGCGCAAGAACCCGCUGUUAGCCAUCGGCACGCAUGUGCAUUUUGAUCAUUCGGGUGGGCUGCAUCAGUUUCAACAGGUGGGCGUGCACAAGGCGGAGGUGGAUGCUCUGGCCAACGGUGACAACUUUGAGACCGUGACAUGGUUAUCUGACCGCGAGAUCGUGGAGGAUCCAGCGCCUGGAUGGCGAGCAAGACAGUACAGAGUGAAGGCGGUAACGCCAACCCAUAUAUUACAAGAAGGUGACGUUAUCAACCUUGGGGACCGGCAACUUACUGUUCUCCACAUGCCGGGCCAUUCCAGAGGCAGCAUUUGUCUCCAUGACAAGGAGAACAAGAUGCUGUUCAGUGGAGACGUGGUCUAUGAUGGUUCCAUGAUUGAUUGGCUUCCCUACAGCAGGAUCAGCGACUACAUCCGUAGCUGCGAAAGGCUGGUAGAGAUGGUCGAUAAAGAGGAGAUUGACCUGGUUAUGCCUGGCCAUUAUAACACUUUUGGGAGCAAACGGCUACACCGGUUAGCCUCCAACUACAUGGCUAGUGCCGGCGCCUGCCACCGAGCCUCCACCUGCGUGGUGAAGUCUAUUGCCAGCCUGGCACUUCGAGCCUCCAACUCAAGAAGUGCCUGCUAGUAGUUAUGAUACAGACUGCUAUGCAACAACAUACAUCAUUGCAGACCUCAAUAUUGAGCACAGUGAAAACAGCAAUACAGUGUGCUAAUGAUAUACAGUUUGAUAAUAGUAUUUGUGUUGAUUAUGUUUCAAAAUAAUGAGGGAAAUAUCCUACAUAAUAUCCAACAAAGCAUUAAAAAAAGAGUAGUAGAUAUUGCCAUAGUUUAGAGGUGCUGUGUGUAAUUUUCAACAUUAAAGUAUUUUUCGUAUAUCCCAGAUUAAUAUAUAAUAUACAUCUUAUAAGACUACUAAAAAAAGCUAAAAAAAAACAAAAACAAAAAAACAACAAAGUGCAAUCACUGUGGAUACGUGUCAUUUUCAGCAGCCCAAUUCAUAGUUUUCAGUCAUGUCACUGGUGUAGAGACCUGGAGGGCAAAUAUUCAUAGAUUACAGGUCUGAAAAAAAAAAAAAAAUGUUAACGAAAUGCAAGUUUUGGCAACUUCUAUAUACAGCGCUUGCUGCAGAAUUUCAAUCUCUAAAAACAGCAGGACAUUCUAAAACGGUUAACAUAAAAAAUACUUACAGUAAAGUGCCUUAAUGUACUAAAAGAGUGAUAUUAAAAGAUCAAAUUCAGUAUUCACCUUGUUGAUGAUGUAUACUAUAUACAGGCGAGCAGAUGAGCCCAGAACAUUAAUGCAAAGCACUAAAUGGGUCUGUGUUUUUUUUUUUAAUAAUGGUUUUCUCUGGGAAAACGCAUUUAUAUUCUGAGUUCAUCUGCUACUGUACAUAGUAUGCAUCAUCAGUAAGGCGUAUACUGAAUUUUGUCUUUUACUAUCGCUAUCUUACUACAUUUACAUUUACUACAAGUUCAUUGGUCAACUCAAUUACGCAUUCACCUGCCAAGAAAAGGUCAGACUUCAUGGAUUCAUUUCAGAGUUCACUAAAAUCAUAGAUCGAUCCAAUUGCGACAAACCGUAAUGCUAUCUAUCAGGAUGUGCUACCAAUGCUAUUCUACAAUAUAAAAGUAAGUUAUUUCUUGUAAAAGUGCAAGACUUCUGAUUCAUUAGUCGCUAUAAGUAAAUAAUUAGAAGAAUAACAAUAUGCAGUAAACACUAACAGUAAAACUAUUUGCGCCACAAUGAUUUAUGAUUAUGAUAAGUUCAGAUAAUAUCAUGACAAAUACCAGUCAGAGUUAAAACAUACCAAGGUUAAAGUUAAGGGUUAGUAUUUUGUUUCAAUCAGCAAUCAGAAAUUCUUACAAUUGGCUGUGAGGCAGUGUUAUUUUAUGUAGAGAAUGAAAUACUAUAAUAGUUUUUAUUAAUAUUUAAAAAAAAAAAAAAAAAAAAAAAAUCUGUUUUAACAUUUCUAUAUAGCUUAUUUCUAUAUUAAUUUUUUUUUCAGUACAUCAAGUUAAACUAAAAGAAAAUAAAAGUUUUUUUUUAAAGCUUAUUUUAUUUCUAGUAAUGGAAAUGUUUCUUUUUUAUGGGUUUUAGUUAUCUAUAAUAAUAGUUAACCCUCCAGAAAUUACACACUGCACCUUUAAUAAAUCAUUUCAUUAUAUAAACAUUUGGUUUAAUCAUGAGACUUGUCUACAAAUGGUGUCUACAGAUCAAAAUCCCAAUAAGGCACAUUGUAGCUGACAUAAUUACACUUUCAAUCACCAGUAAUCUGAUCUGUUUUAGGUGAAUCAUCAUUUAAGAGACAGCGAUUUGUUAGCUAAAAUGGGAGUUUAUGUGAAUUAGUAGCAUACUGUUGACUUACACUCUAUGGAAGUCUCUGCAUGAGAUAUUGAUGUAGCACUGCAUGGACACAGCAUCGUUCUAUUAUUCAAUAGGCUCAGAGUGGAUUGUGUUGUGUAUUUGAUUGAAAGUGCAUUACUUGCAAACAAAAUCAUAAUCUUUCAGCAGCAUAUUAGUCAGGGAAAAUGACUAGCCUUGACAGAAAGAUGCCUGAACUGUGAUUUUUGUUUGGUUUAGUUCCAUAACACUGCCUCCAUAUAAGUAGUUCUCUUUGCUGUGUGCUUAUUUGCAAACUGCACAAUUUUGAUUUAUUUGUAUUAGUAAUUUUUAUAUUGAAGCACAGAAGUCAAUGUGGGUGACAGACGGUAGGUAGUUUGUGGUAUAGGCCAAAUGCUUCUUUCCCUCUCAGUAAGUCACUGCCUUAGUUUAAUCUGAUGUAAGGGCCUCCUCUUUAGUAUUUAAAUGUGAAGCUGUGAGUGUGUGAAAUGAGACGGUGGGGAGGCUAUAAGAAUGACUGACAUCAAGUCACUCAUUUAUGUUGCCAAACUACAAAUAUGCUGCUUGACUAUUUUGAUGUAAUUUUCAUAAUGCUGAAAUGUCAUUUUCACUUAAUUAGUAUCAUAAAAAGGAGAGUAGAAUGUGUUUGUGUGAAUGUGAUGGACAUGGAUAUAUGUAUUAUGAAUCUACAGUUGAAGUGAGCUUGUACAGUUUAUGUGCACUAUGUUUCUGCUCAGGAAUCCCUUGACUCCAGGCAAAAUGAGCAGAGCUAUAAAUGCAACCCUAUAUUUAGUGCCUCUUGGAGAUUAAACAAACUAAUACCUCGCAAUGCCAUGACAACAGCUGUUGUAAUACCCAGGCACCUGUUUAACAAUAUACUCACUUUCAAUUAUGUAUA